CGGUCGGCAGAAGCGGAUUCCCUCAGGCGCGCCUCAUCGCAUCGCAUCAGGACCCGCCAACGAGGACGACGACGUGUAAUAUGUAACACCUGAGUAUACUUCUUCUCGUCGGAAGCAGGACAGUGACGCGCGCGCGAGACCAGGCUCUCUUGUCCGCGAGAUCUCCCGGAGUGAGGGAACGGGCGAACACAAGGCGGAACGGUGCGGUGGGGCCCCAUGCACACACAGUAUGGGCAUAACCUGUCGGACGACGGCACGUCGCAGCGCUCCGAUCCAUCGCGGUGGAGCCCAGGACGGAGCGACUACGUCCGUCAGGUCGCCCUCCGCGCGGUACGUCAUCGCGAUGAUAUGAUCGUCCCCGUCGACGAGAUCGCGUCGAGAGAGAGAAAGAAGAGAGUGAUCAGAACAAGUGUCCGUCAUGUUCCACUAUCUGCAUCUCAGGAGUCGUUUUCUGCAGACCCUGAUCCUCGCGCUCAUCGGCCUGACCUUCUACGCGUAUUAUCGCACCACGGUCUACGAUGUUCAUCAGUACAGCUUGUCACGGAAUACCAGUUUCUCUGUGUACCAAGAAGGCCUGCACGUGCAUACAAAUCUCAGUGUGGAUGCGCGGCUGGCAGCAGCAGCGGUGUCCAGGAAUUCGGACAACGUGUCCGUUAGUCCGUAUGCAGCGCACAACGCGAGUAACAACUCCGGGAUCCUCAUCACGACGCUGUCAACGUCCUCCGGCGCGCAAUCCUCCGCGUCGUCUUCCGCGAGCACGUCGAUCAGCUCGAAGCAAAGUACGAACGAGAAGCCUCAGGUGGCGAAAGUCACCAACGCGACCAAGUCAGCGCCGAUCGUGAUUCGUAAUGAUUCGGCACGGGCCAUAUACGAGGCCGGGCACACGGUACCGAUCGCCGAGCGUUGCCCGAACCUCGGCAAGGACAUGGAAUUGGUGGUGAUCAUCAUGUCCGCGCCGACGCAUCUCGAAGCGCGAACGGCGAUCCGACAGACCUGGGGACACUUCGGCCAGCGCAGAGACAUGAGCGUGCUCUUCAUACUCGGCACUACUCUGGAUCCUAAGGUCGAGGCGAUCCUCCGGAGAGAGCAGAACAUGUACAACGACGUGAUACGUGGCCGCUUCCUCGAUUCGUACUCGAAUCUCACGCUCAAGACCAUCUCGACGUUGCAGUGGGUGGACACUUACUGUUCCAAGGUGAAAUACCUGCUGAAGACCGACGACGACAUUAUCAACGUGCCGCGGUUGUUGGCGUUCGUGAAUAAACACGCGAAGGACCGUUGUUGAUUCUGAAAUUGAUUUAACCAAAUUAUUUUAUUAUUAGUUUAAACUUUAGUCAUUUAUAGUUAUUUAAUAUAUUCAAUAGACAAUUUUUCGUAAAACAAAUUGAAAACAUAAUAUUUUAAAAAUGU